AUGGAACUUGAUUACUUACUAGCCGUGUCCGUCGCCUUUGCCGGGCUGAUAUGGCGUGCUGUGUCACUUGCUUUCUUGGGCAUCGUUGCGGUUACACUUCAGGUUGUCGUCUAUCGCCUCACUUUUCACCCGCUGGCCAAGGUGCCGGGUCCUAAAUGGGCAGCCAUCUCCAACUUUUGGUAUGCUCGACAGAUGGCUAAAGGGAGAAUGGCUCAGUUAGGGUUGGAAAUGCACGAAAAGUACGGCGAUGUUGUUCGUGUUGGCCCCAAUGAACUGUGGUUUAACACGACGGAAGCGUUUGAUCAGAUAUACUAUCUCUUGUCCGAGCGAAAUAUUAAACGCUACCGUCUACAGAGACGAUUAAUCGGCCGUGUCUAUAGUGCCGCGAAUGUGGCGAAAUACGAAGAUGCUCUCACCGCAGCGCUAGAGAGGAUAGUGCAGCGACUACAUGAGCUUGACGGGAAGGAGAUUGAUCUAAAAGAAUGGAUGCAUAUUAUUACAGUCGAGUGUCUCGCGGCGGCUGUUUUAUCAUGGUCGCCUGGUCUACUUCGCGAUGGUACAGAUUGGGGGACGUUAUCGCAUAGUUUCCAAGGCUGGCGAAGGAAGUGCUUAUUCGGAGUGUUUCCAACGAUGAAGAAGAUGGAGCAGUUGUCUCCUAGUCUUGGAAGGGCAUUUGCGUCCCUAUGGGGAGUAACGUACCGGCCUCCACCAACCUUCAAGCCCUUCUUCCCUGUGGAAAAGCUAACGGAAGGAUAUCAGGGCGUAGUCAAGAACAUAGUUCGUCGCCUGACAGCGUCUCUCAAACCAGGAACACCCAAGGAUAAUCGAGUUGAUUUGCUAAACGACCUGAUUCAACUUAGAAAUGACAGACCCGAGUUCAACGAGGUCUAUCUUCGAAAAAUGGCCGUCACCAACUUUGGAGCCGGUCACGAAACCGUUGCGUCGACCUUGGCGGCUUCUGUGGCCAUGAUCGCCUCCCACAAUAAUGUUCAAAAGCAAGUAUUUCUUGAACAGCGCACAGCUGAAGCAGAUGGCCCACUCGUAUAUGCUUCAAGCAACCGAUUUACUUAUACUAAAGCUGCCAUUCGUGAAGCCAUGCGACUUUACCCCGUGGUGCCCAUGUCGCUUCCCCGCAAGACACCAUCCACGGGACUACACGUCCAUGGAUUGUGUGUGCCACCCAAUACCACGGUAGGUUGUAGUGCCGUUGCUCUACAUCGCAAGGAGGAUAUCUUUGGCGCCAGCCCUAAUUUAUAUGAUCCUGAACGCUGGCUCCGCGCCGAGACUGGAGACGACACGGUUGCGGCAACAUCGGCGUCAGUCCGCAUCAUGGAAAAGUAUAGUCUGAGCUGGGGGGGUGGUUCUCGAAGCUGUCCUGGAAGAAAUUUGGCCGAGCUGCUCGUGCUCAAGGUGAUUGCCACCCUCUUUAGAAGGUUUGAAGUGGAGGUGGCGAUUCCACCGGACGCCGACAAGGAGGCGUAUUUUCUGUUUGUCCUCUCAGGCGUCAAAGUCAAGUUUCUCCCUAGAGCCAGGUGA